UCUUCGUCUUAGGUUAUGUUGCUCAUCAUAAAAAGCAGAGCAUGCAUGUUGUUUUUUGGAAUUUUGGAAAAAUUUAAAUUUAUCAAGUGUUAAGAAGUGUUUUAAAUUAAAAUGAAAAAAAUACAAUAAAUUCUACAGUACAAAUGUGAUAGAUUUCUUCUCGUCAUUUCAUAAUCGUUUAAUAUUGCAAAAUGGAAAAAGAGUAUCUUACAAAAGAUCAUUUAAUUGGAUUUGAUAACUACAAGUACAGCUGCAAAGAUACUGGAGUGCUCAGUAUAUAUGUUAUGCACCCGUUCUGGAAUUGGUUAGUGCAGUUUUGUCCAAAAUGGAUUGCUCCCAAUCUUUUGACAUUCUCGGGAUUUUUGUUUACUUUGGCAAUAUUUUUGCUCUUUGCUUUCUUGGACUACAGCUUUUACGCCUCGGAUCCUGAUCGUCCAGAAGUACUUCCCCUUCCAAGGUGGACUUUUACAAUGGCAGCUAUUUUUUUGUUCAUUGCGUAUACUUUAGAUGGGAUAGAUGGGAAACAAGCAAGACGAACUGGCACCAGCAACCCUCUAGGUGAACUGUUUGACCAUGGGUUGGAUUCGUACACGGCUGGUCUCAUACCAGCCGCUAUGUAUUCAAUAUUUGGACGAGGUGCUAGAUACAGUAUCAUUCCAUUUCGAAUGUUCUUCACGAUGUGGAACGUGUUGAUAAAUUUUUACUUGUCUCAUUUCGAAAAGUACAAUACUGGAGUGUUGUUUUUACCUUGGGGUUACGACUUUUCCAUGUGGGGAACCAUUCUGACCUUUUUAAUAGCAGGGUAUGGAGGUCAUGAGAUCUGGCAGUUUAUCCUACCAGGCGGAAUAACAACAGGAACGAUGUUCGAGAUGUUACUAUAUGUCUCAUCGUUAAUUUCCAAUGUACCAGUGGUGUUAUACAACAUAUACAAGUCGUACAAGAACAAAACCGGUCAUAUGAGACCUUUCACUGAAGCUAUCAGGCCGUUGAUACCCAUAGCCACAUUUUUCAUCAUUACACUAGUGUGGAUUCUCAAGUCACCAUCGAACAUAAUAGAAAAAGACCCUAGAGCUCUCUUCUUCCUUAUGGGAACAAUAUUUUCAAACAUAACUUGCCGCUUGAUUGUUGCCCAAAUGAGUCACACGAGGUGUGACGCAUUUAAUUCACUUUUAAUCCCAACUGUAGCAGUUGUAAUCACAUCUAUAGGACUACAGUCGGAAAUUUUAGAGCUUCUUCUUGCAUACAGUUUGUGUUUGUUCACCACUUUGGCUCACAUACACUAUGGGACCUGUGUGGUGCGGCAAAUGUGCAGGCACUUCAGAGUCAAUUGUUUCUCGAUUAAGAAGCAGUCCGCUUGACUACUAGUCGACAACGCAUGAUGGAAUCAAGUGUUGUCCCUCGGAUCUGCACAGUCUCAAGUCACUGAUAUUAGCUAUAAUUUUCCGUAGAUGUUUUGUAUGUAAAUCAAUUUGCUUAAUCAACGUUUAUGUGGGCUGGUUGUAAUGCAAGACACAGAUGCAGUUCUGAAAUUUCACGUCUAUAUAUUUCCAUACUUUUUUUUUAUUAAUUCGUAUUGAAUUCCGAAGACUUGCUCAUUAAUAUUAGUUAAAAUUAAGGCCUAAACUAUUUGUAAUAUAUAUUUUUCCUUGAUUAUAAAAUCGGUUAUUCCCAGUAGAUCCUUUUUGGCCAAUACUGAUCGUCUCGCUUAUUUUACCAAAGAAUUUAAACAGUUGUACAUAGAUACUUUAAUUUUGUUGUAUAUAUUAUGAAACAUAUUAAAAUAUAUAGAAUUUACAAUCGUCUUAUUUUUCCUGACGAAAUGCUCUGUGACUAACCACUAAUAUCAGAAAUUGUGUCAUUAUCAUGUAUUUGUAAUGCAAUCAAACUUAAAAAUAAAUAAAUAAAUUGUAAGAAUUA